AUGGCCUGCGAGACACAGACAACUGGCGCCGCCUCCAGAGCUUGCGCGGAGAUUCCCGCCAAUAUGUUCGGCAUAAAGUACAACGGCACUCUCCAAGCUGCGCCCGGCCACGGCUACCGCAUCCGGUUGCACGACUUUGCCAACGACUCGAUCAUCUACGCAAAAUCCGAGCUGUUCGAGAUCAAGGCGGUCGGCGCAGACCCGACGAUACCCGUGCCGUGGGGCUCGUCGCAGCCCAGCGCCACGUCGACCAUCGACAUCUCCAACAUCAUCACCCAAGGCCUGGUGCCCUCUGUCGGCACGGCCGCUCCGGGGGCAGCCGCCACGGAGCUGGCGGGCGAGUCGCCUCUCACGGACACGCGCAUCAACUUUCCCACCAUGCUCGACUGGUGGGUCGUCGGCGCACUCAACCAGGUCGAGUGGACGUUUGUCCACCCCUCCAAGGACGCCGAGGAGGUCACCAUGGACCUGAUUUUGGACAACUUGGACACGACCCUCUGCCCCGAGCCCGUAAAGGUCACCAGCGUCAGGGCGCACUGGGGCAAGUGGGGCGGCACCAGUCAGCUGGAAGGGUGA